AUGAUCUUCUCCAGUUGGCUUUUAUUGAUCUGCUUUACUUCAGCAUUUUCUCAAAAUUGUUCUGAUUAUUAUACAUGUCAACUAGAGUUAUAUGAUCGACUAUUGACAAAGUCACGUCCAUCUAUACGUCCAAUACAAAAUGAUUUACAAAAAAUUAAUGUUCGUCUUGGAUUUUCAUUAAUCAGACUUGUGUCUGUUAAUGAAGAGGAUUCAUUAAUAACUAUUCGUGCACAUAUAAAUCAAACUUGGAAUGCUUCAAUAUUUAGCUGGAACUCUACAGCAUAUGCUAAAGUUCAACAUUUUCGUGUACCAGCUCAUUCAAUUUGGACACCGAAAAUAGAAUUAAUUAAUCCAAGUACAACAAUCGAUUCUGAAGCAAAUCAUUUUAUUGAUGUUCAAUCUAAUGGUCAAUUUGAAUUAUCAUAUUCAAUACUUCUUACAAGUCCAUGUAAUUUUGAUCUGAAAAAUUUUCCAUUUGAUCAACAAUCAUGUACAUUCAAAAUUGGUUCAACACUUUAUGAUAUUAAUGAAGUAUCAAUAUCACAAGCAAUUGACUUUGUUAUUGAUGAACCAAGUUUAAUGCCAAAUGGUUAUUAUUUUGUAUCACAUGAAGUCAUUCAAGAAAAUGUAUUUUUUGCUGGUUUCGAUCGAAGUUAUGAUCAAAUAUCUAUACAAAUAAAUAUUCAUCGACGUUCAACAUAUUUUAUUCGACUUAUUAAUUGGCCCGGUACAAUUCUUAUAUUUUUAACAUUAACAAUUUUUUUUCUUCCACCAUCAGCUUCUGAAAGGAUUUUUUAUGGUGCAUUAUUACUUAUUUGUCAAUUUAUUUUAUUAAUUAUUUUUGCUUUUCAUGUUCCCAAACGAUUAGGUGCAUCAUGGCCAUGGAUGGGACAUGCUAUUUUUUAUGAUAUUUGUUUAACAACAUUGGUAUUAGUGUUUUCAGUCUUGACACGAAUGCUUUCAGAUGGAAAAAAUUAUAUAAUUGAAAGACCAUCUAUGAAAAUACGCACUGUCUCUUUUUAUUAUUUAGCAAAAAUAGUUGGUCUUAAACGAAUAUCAAAUGCAACAUUAAUAACUACUCGUGAAAAUGAAUAUGAUACAAAUGAUUCGGCUAUGGAACCAUUAACAGCACUUUCAAAUGGUUCAACCACAACAUCUGAUCCUCUCAUUUUAUCAUCAAAUACAAUGACUCGUGAUAUAACUUCAAUAAGACAAAAAUUGAAUACAGUAAUAAAUGAACAAAAUAUUCAUCAAGAAUGGAUUCUUCUUGCUCAUAUUAUUAAUCGUUUAUGUUUUAUUAUUUAUUUAUUUUUUUUUUCAUUUUCAAUUGGAAAUCAUUUAUUUCAUAAAUAA